CCUCUCCCUCCGCUCCGCUGCGUCUCUCCUCUCGCCGGCGGCCGAAAACCUACUGCGCGCUAGCCUCUCCGUCGCCUCCGCCUCCGCCUCCGGCUGCGGAAACCGUCGCCUAUACUGAAACCCAGUGACCGGUGGUAAGAGGAGGCGGAGGGAUGAAGACGAGGUCGCAGACGGCGCCGAAGCCGCUCAAGACGGUGCGGCUGCCGCCCACCAAGCCGAGCCCCAAGCCGCCGCCGCCGCCGCCGCCGUCUUCCAGGAAGAAGGCGCAGCCCCUCGUCGACCGGCGACGCCCCAAGAAGCCCCCCACUGCCUUCUUCUAUUUCAUGGAGGAUUUUCGGAAAACUUUCAAGGAAGAAAACCCAAGUGUAAAAUCAAUGCAAGAAGUAGGGAAGGCAUGUGGCGAGAAAUGGAAUACAAUGAUAUUUGAGGAAAGGGUGAAGUAUUAUGAUCUAGCGACAGAGAAGCGUGCAGAGUAUGAGAAGGCGAUGGCUGAAUAUAACAAGAAAAAGGAAAGCGGUGAAUUCUCUGAGGAAUCAGAUUGCGACUAGAGAGGUGAACGUCGGAUGGUUCUUGUUCUUAUGGUUCCCCAAUUGGAUGGACGUAUCAAUUGUAUAUUAAAGAACCGAGCUUUGUAAUGGAUUCUAUAUAUAUAGUCAGUUUCAUGCUUAUGCUAGAGUGAACCAUCUUCUUGUGAUAAACUUAUAGUUUUAGAUUAACAUGAAUUUCGUAAUGUGGGUGUUCACACCAAUUGCUUGAAGUAACUAAGUUUUUGCGCUCCAAAAGUAUAUCCAUUUGAGAUU